AAAAAUGAAUAAAUGUGCUUAAAUUUUCGUAUAAAAAGCGUAUAAGAAAAGACAAGUGUAGACUCUGUAACUCUGUAAAUCAGUAAACACAACAACAACGUUUGCUUUUGGCGUUGUUUUGUAUAUAACAGUUUAUACCGUUUUUUUUUCUUCUGUUAAUUCAAAAACGUGCUGCCAGCAUUUUUGUCUUUUUUCUUUUUUGUUUUUUUUUUUUGUUUUACCACUAAAACGCAUGCAAAUUGAAUUUCUUUGGUGUGUUGAUUUUGUUUUCACCGUUGAAGGACAAGGACACAUGAACCAGUUAUAAGCCGCCUGUACCAGUUUCAAGCAACAUACUACAAAUAACGCGAAGAUUCGCCAAAAGCAAAAAACAGACGAGACGACGACUGCGACGACAACGACAACAGCAGCAACAACAGCAACAACAGCAACAACAGCAACAACAGCAACAAUAGAGAAACCUGAGCAACAAUACAGCUGACGGAUAGCACAAUAAAAACAGAUACAGAUACGGACACAGACGCAGAUACAGAUACAAAUGCUGAAAUAUAAACAAACAAUAUACGAAAAAAAUUAUUUAAACCUCAGUUACUUGUUGUAGACAGUCGCAGAACGCUCCAAACUGCACAACCUGUAACUACUCAGGCUUAACACUUAAGUCAGAAUCAAGAAACCGAGAUCAAUAAUAAAGUAUACGCAUUCGAAAAUUUGGCAAAAUAAUUUAAAUGAAAAUAUCUUUUUAAUAAAAGCAGCAGAAUUGUAAAAGUGACAUAAAAGCUACUUACGUAAAUUAAAAAAAAUAAAGUUUAAAUAAUAAAAUAAUGCAAAAAUGUAUUUAAACCGCAUCCAAACGUGACCGAAUUGUGAUAAACAAAUCAACCGAUUUAAUCGUGGUAUAUUGGCUUCUACACUCUUUGCAUUUAUUUAUACAAUAUAUAUUUAUAUAUAUAUCUAAAUAUAUAUCUAAAUACUUUUUUCGCAUAACUGCAAGUAAUCAAGCAAGUAGCAAAAAAGUAAAAGUACCUGAAAACCGCAGUUUCGUAAUUUAAACGUUUUCAGUAUUAUUUCGACUGUCUCACUUCACUAAACGCGCUCCAAACUAUUUUAACAGCGCCGCAAAUUAAUGAAUUUAAUAAAUUAGAAUUUUAACGUAAUUACUAUUUAAUAGACGGAAACUAAUUAAUUAUAAAAUAUAUAUCUAAAUAAAUAAUAAACCACAUACAAAAUGUCGACAUCAAAGGAACACAUCUUCGCCAGUGAGGACAAAGACUUGGAUAAGCCAAAAGCAUGCUUCCCUACUCGCUAUUUCGUCACUUUCAUGCUGUUUCUGGGCAUGGCCAAUGCAUAUGUAAUGCGCACAAAUAUGUCUGUCGCUAUUGUGGCUAUGGUUAAUCACACAGCGAUUACUGAUGGACAUGAGGAUAUAAUCGACGACGAAUGUCCCGAUCAAAAUUUGACAGAACCGGAUCGUGGUCAAGAUGGCGAAUUCGUUUGGAGUUCUAGUUUACAAGGUUAUAUUCUAUCCUCUUUCUUCUACGGUUAUGUCAUCACUCAGAUUCCUUUUGGCAUCUUGGCUAAGAAGUAUGGUGCUCUACGCUUCCUCGGUUGGGGUAUGCUUGUUAAUUCUGUAUUUGCUUUCUUGGUACCAGUUGCUGCACGUGAAGGUGGAGUAUGGGGUUUGUGUGCUGUACGCUUUAUACAAGGUUUAGGCGAAGGUCCAAUUGUACCUUGUACACAUGCAUUACUAGCCAAAUGGAUACCACCCAAUGAACGAUCCCGUAUGGGUGCUGCUGUUUAUGCUGGUGCACAAUUUGGCACAAUUAUUUCUAUGCCGCUCUCAGGUUUGCUAGCUGAAUACGGUUUCGAUGGAGGUUGGCCUUCAAUUUUCUAUGUUUUUGGAGUUGUUGGCACAAUAUGGUCAAUUGCUUUCCUUGUAUUGGUAUUUGAGGAUCCAUCAUCCCAUCCACGUAUAGAUGAAAGUGAAAAGAAAUAUAUUAAUGAAUCGCUGUGGGGUACUACAACUAAUAAGAAUCCACCAAUUCCAUAUAAAGCAAUUAUGAAAUCAUUACCCUUCUAUGCUAUACUCUUCGCUCACAUGGGUCACAACUAUGGUUAUGAAACUCUGAUGACAGAGUUGCCCACUUACAUGAAACAAGUGCUACGCUUCUCUAUUAAAUCCAAUGGUCUAUUGUCUUCUCUACCUUACUUGGCUAUGUGGCUCUUCUCUAUGUUCAUUUCUGUGAUAGCUGAUUGGAUGAUCUCUACAAACCGCUUCACUCAUACAGCAACCAGAAAGAUUAUUAACAGUAUUGGUCAAUAUGGUCCCGGUAUUGCUUUAAUUGCUGCAUCCUAUACUGGCUGUGAUCGUGCUUUGACCCUUGCUAUACUAACUAUUGGAGUUGGUCUCAAUGGUGGUAUAUAUUCCGGUUUCAAAAUCAAUCACUUGGACCUGACACCAAGAUUUGCUGGUUUCCUAAUGGCGAUAACGAAUUGUUUAGCUAACUUGGCUGGCUUGUUGGCUCCAAUUGCAGCUGGCAAUUUAAUCAACAACAAUCCCACAAUGGCACAAUGGCAGAAGGUGUUCUUUAUUGCCGCCGCAGUGUACAUAGUGUGUGGUACGUUCUACAACUUAUUCGGUUCAGGUCAACGUCAAUACUGGGACAACCCCGAGAACGAUGAACUUAAACCAAAUCACAAUGGUGCUACACCACAACAUCCACCAGCAAUAACCCAUGGCAUCACCAACGCGGCAGCCGUGAGAAACAUUUCCGAAACGGGCCAUUAACUAAGAAGCGACAGUAAUAAUUACUAUGUUACAUCAGCUUCUUGGGAUGAUAACACUUAGAAUUAAGUUACACAGAAAUUACAUAUUCAAGUGGGUGGGUGUUUCCGAUUUGGGAAUCCGAAAUUAUAUAUAUGCAAAAAAAGACAAAUAUCCUGUGGGGAGAUGUAUGCAUUCCGGUGUACAUCAGAGUGAGAGCUGUUCUAUUUAAAUUAUUUUUUAUUUAUUUAAGUUUUAAUUUAAAUGAAAUUUAAAUGUUACGAGUAUAACCAUUAUACAUAUUAAGUGAACUAUCAGUAUAUAUAUAUCUAUCUA